AUGGCGGAUGAUGUCCUGAGCAAGGUCGAAGAUGUGGAGCCCUACUCCUUAUACGGCCUCUCCCGCUACCUCUCCGAGAUUGGUGACCUCUUGGACAGGGCAGAUCAAGCCUCUGUGUCCAAAGCGCCCAAAGCCCAGGAAGCUGCUCUUCUGGAGCAGCGUCCAGCAAUCCUGGAGGCCCAGGGCCGUGUGCGCCGCGCCAUGGGCUGCCGGUUGGAGGAGCCUCUGACAAAGAGGGAGAAGCCACUCGCAGAGGCCUUCUUGCAGGAGCAGAUCUCGAAGCUGCAGGGACAGGCUCUGCGAGACGAAAGGGCCAAAGCAGGCAUCGAUCGCUUGCAGCAGCUUUUAGUCCAGGUUCGAGGCAAGACUCCUGCUGCCGAGUCCAAAGCUGUCCGGGACAUUGAGGCCUCACUGAAGCAGGCUGAAACAGAUUGGAAGGAGCUCUCACCCAUCUAUCAAAAGUGGCAGGCUGGAAGACACAGCUUCCGAUCCAAUGCAGAUUUGCAGGCAUUUAAGCGGCGUUACGAAGAAUGCAGAAAGAUUCGUGAUGCUGGCGAUGAGAAGUUGGGUGCGGCCCUCUGUGCCCGGCGCGGUGCCGACAUUCCAGAGGAGCCACCGAACGUGCCAAAAGCAGGAUGGUCUUCCAUCGCACGGAAGGCCCAAACAAUGCCAGCUGCACAGUCGACGCCUGUGCGGGGUGCAGCGGCUGUGGCAUUAGAUGCCAAAAAAAAGGCAUCAGCCAAGAGCAGCUCAUGGGCCUCGCAGACAAUCAGCUUCGCGCAGCGACUCAGAGCCGAGGCUGUAGCGAAAGUGCGACAAGCGACGGAGACAGAGGACGAUGGCUUCUGGACGGAGGGCCUGCCCAUGGAGAGGCCCCCACCGCCCCCUCUUCCAGAGGCCCAAGGCAACGAAGAAGCGACGGAUGGUUUUGCGGCGACAAAAGCUUCGAAGCCUGGGCGGCCUCCAAGCGCGCCGACCAGGGCACCUCUGUCCUCCCUUGCGAACUCAGGCCGACGCUGGGGGCCCGCAGACCCGGGCCAGUCUGAGGACGAAGAUGUGCAGGCAGAUGCUCCUGAGCAGCAGGAGGCUGGCAGCAAGCACUCCAAAGUCGCGCGCGCCGAGCGUGAGGUUCCUGUCCCCUCUGCGAAGAAGCGCGGCAAGUCGAACAAAUCGAAGCCGGCGCCACGGGAGGACGAAAGCGAGGCAGCUUCCGCUCCACGCGCUCCUCCAAGUGGGGUCUGGUCAUCGGUGGAGGCGCUCUUCGCCGGGACCCUGGUCUCUGAGCUGCUGCGAUCCGCGGCUUGGCGAUGCGAGGCAGAAGCCCGUCUGGUUGAGUUGAUCGACCGACUGCCGCCGUCAGCUCCGCUGGGCCUGCCGAUGCCGCUGACAUGGGUGCAGUUCAUGUCUCUGGAGAUGGAUGGAGGUCCCAAGAGGACGUCAAGGCGUGGAGAGUCACCCUGGCUGCUGCGGCUUAAGAGCAACAUACCACGGCUUCUGUCCCACUACGUGAGCAUUCUCUUUGCACUCCUGUUGCUUCACUCUCUGUCGCGAUUUGGCAUCCUGACUUGGCUGGUGGCCGCUCAGACUUUUCUGCUGCUUCUGCCCCCACAGAAAGUAGGGCAGUUUGGCCCAUCCGUUCAUGUGAUGGUGUUGCAGGGUAUCCAUUUGCUGCUGUGGAUCUUUUUUGUCAGAUCGUUGUGGCAGUUGCACAUCUUCAUUCAGAUUUUCCUGGCAUUGGUGAUUUGCGGCCAUGCCUAUGCUGUGAAUGAAGCAAGUGCGAUUGUUCUGCUCCGCUCUUUGGCCGAAGGCCCUCGAGCGACAGAGGACCAAGGCAUAUAUGGGUCGCAGGUAUCGACUCUGUCAACGAUCGUCGCAAGGCUGCUUAGUGCAGCGAAUGCUGCGGAGCGCAAGGAGGAAAAGGAGUCGCCUGGCAACUCCGCGGCCCAGGAGAAAGCCUCCCCACGACUCGCAGCUCUGGAUAAUCCUGGAGGAAGCAAUGCAGCUGCCCCACCUGCCAAGAAGGCGCGGACACGCCAUCCCGUUCCUUUCAGUGCCAAGGAGGAGCUCCAGGUUCUCCGGGACGCGUUCGUGGCCGUCCUGGCACGCUUGGAUCUCCAGCGCAGCGAAUCGUCGCAGGUUGCGGGUGCAGUGGUCAGGUGCCUGGAGCUGCUGUCUCGCCGGGAGAUUCAGACAGGAACCGACCCUCGGCGAACGGAUGCUUCUCCUGGAGGUCCCGAGAUGCUGCGCAGUGAGUCGCUGGAUUCUGAACGGGCCGCGAGGCCCGCACAGCCGCAGCUCCAGUCUGGAAAGAUGGUCGGCAUUGCAAAUGGCGCCAGUCCUGUGAAGGAGCGAAGCCGCUCCCCCAAGAAGGAGUUGAAGACGGAUCUUGUCAAGCCGCAGCUCUCCGAAGAAGACCUGCAAGAUGGGUUUUCUGCAGCUCAAGUCUUUGGUUCCAAAACGGCCAUGAGUGGCUACACGUACGACGACCUCAUCUGCCUGCCUGGGCACAUCAACUUCGGAGUGCAUGAUGUUUGCUUGGGGUCCCAGUUCACGAAGCGCAUCUCCUUGCGGACGCCCAUCGUGUCCAGCCCGAUGGACACAGUGACAGAAUCCAACAUGGCCAUCGCCAUGGCAUUAGAAGGCGGCAUUGGCGUUAUCCACACGAACAUGGCCAUCGAGGACCAGGCGAGGGAAGUCUCGCGGGUAAAGAAAUACAAGGCCGGCUUCAUCCUGGAUCCCGUGUGUGUUCUGCCUACGAUGACCUUAGAUGAGUUGGAUUUGCUCAAGACCAAGCACGGCUUCACUGGAUUCCCGGUCACGGAGAACGGACAGAUGGGUGCCAAACUCCUCGGCUUGGUGACAAAGCGCGACACCGACUUCAUCGCGGACCGCAACACUCGGCUCAGCGCCAUCAUGACACCAGCAAAGGACCUGGUGACCAUGCGGGAAGGCUGUGACCUCUUGGAAGCCAACGCCCUUCUGCAGAAGUCAAAGAAGGGCAAGCUUCCGAUCAUGACCCAGUCGGGCCUGCUGGUAGCCAUGGUCUCCCGAACAGACAUCAAGAAGAAUGUCGAGUUUCCCAACGCGACAAAGGAAGCAGUGAACAAGGGCCUCCUGGUCGCUGCUGCCAUUGGCACCCGGCCCAACGACAAAGAGCGUGUCCGAGCUCUCGUGGCUGCUGGUGUGGAUGCUGUCGUCAUCGACAGCAGCCAGGGCGACAGCUUGUUCCAGCACGAAAUGAUCAAGUGGAUCAAGAGCAACUUCCCAGACUUGCAGGUGGUCGCCGGCAAUGUGGUCACGAAGCGGCAGGCCAAGAACCUCAUCGAAUGCGGGGCCGACGCCCUCCGCGUGGGUAUGGGCAUCGGCUCCAUCUGCACCACACAGGAAGUCUGCGCUUGCGGCCGGGCACAGGCCUCUGCGGUCUACAACGUGGCUAAGCUUGCCAGGAUGUACGGCGUGCCCAUUCUGGCAGAUGGCGGCAUCUCCAGCCCUGGUCACAUCGUGAAGGCCCUGAGCCUCGGCGCCGGUGCCGCCAUGUGCGGGAGCCUGCUCGCAGGAACCUCCGAGACGCCUGGAGAGUACUUCUACUCAGAGGACGGCAAGCGGCUGAAGCGUUACCGCGGAAUGGGCUCGAUCGAUGCCAUGAAGAAGGGCUCCGACGACCGGUACUUUGGCACGACCUCGAGCAUCAAGGUCGCCCAGGGGGUCUCCGGCACGGUCCAGGACAAAGGCAGCAUCCACAGAUACAUCCCCUACCUCACUCAGGGCAUCAGACACGGAAUGCAGGACAUUGGCGCCAAGAGCGUUGACCAGCUGCAGGCGAUGCUGCAGGAGGGUCAGCUGCGCUUCGAGCUGCGUUCAGCCGCAGCUCAGAGGGAAGGAGGCGUCCACGGCCUCCACAGCUUCGAGCGCAACUUGGCAGUGCAAGGAACGAGGGGAUGUGCACCCCUGUGCAGCUGUGUCUGUUGCUCCAACACCGCGAGCAGUCGCAUCCCUGCCCGGUUCGGACUGGAGACCUCAGGCAAGCUCUUUGACUCGUGA